ACCAACUUUGACAAAUCAAUAGCCAAUGAACUAUAAAUACAGCCUCAAGAACACCAAGCAGUGAAGCACAAAUAAUUGAAGUCCUUGUAAACCAUCUGAAAUUUAUCAUCCACAACCAAGUCGACGACAAAAAUGGCAGAAACCAGUUUCGGGUCUAAGAGGAUUGCGGUUGUUACUGGAGGCAACAAAGGGAUUGGAUUUGAGAUUAGCAGGCAAUUAGCAGCUAAUGGAGUUGGGGUGGUGUUAACUGCAAGAGAUGUGAGGAGGGGAACAGAAGCCGUUGAGAAAUUGAAGGCUUCUUAUGGCCUCUCUGAUGUGGUUUUUCAUCAGCUUGAUGUAACUGACCCAUCUAGCAUUGCCUCUCUGGCUGAAUUUCUCAAAACUCAACUUGGAAAACUUGACAUUUUGGUAAAUAAUGCAGCAGUUAUCGGAUCCGUAUUCCUCACAGACGACAAAGAGAAGUUGGCAAUUGGGCCUGAUGAUCUUAUAGGUCCCAAAGCAGGAAAUAAGAAUCAAGCCCUAAAACAAACCUACGAGACAGCAAGGGAUUGCUUAAAAACAAACUACUAUGGAAUUAAGCAACUCACGGAAGCUCUCAUUCCACUUCUUCAACAAUCCGACUCGGCAAGGAUCGUAAAUGUCUCCUCCCAAUUGGGACAAUUAAGGGUUAUUCCAAACGAGAAAGCGAAGAAGGAGCUAGGAGAUGGUGAUAGCCUUACAGAAGAGAAAGUGGACAACCUCGUUGAGGGAUUUUUGGAGGAUGUGAAGCAGAAUUUGGUUGAAGCCAAAAGCUGGCCAGCCAAUUUCUCUGCCUACACUGUAUCCAAAGCCGCUCUGAAUGCUUAUACAAGAGUUUUGGCUAAGAAGUAUUCCAACAAAAUUGCUAUCAACGCCGUGUGUCCGGGUUUUACUGACACGGACAUGAACAAUCACACUGGAGUUUUCACAGUUGAAGAAGCUGCAAAAGGUCCUGUGAAGCUGGCUUUGCUACUUGAUACUGGAGUUUCUGGCCUUUUCUUUGAACAGACUGAACUGUCAACCUUCGAAUGAAAAUUUGAAACUGUGAAAUAAUUGGUCUGUUUUUCGUCUCUUAAUAUAUCUGUAUGCACAUGUGACAUGUACUCCUAAGCACAAUGUGUUCUCAAUAAAAAAAUAUGUCAAGUUUUAAUGAA